UCUCAGUCUAUUUUCUACAUUAUUUACGGUGUGACGUUUUGUGAUGAACAUAGGAAUAAAAUACAGCUUCAAAAAGAUGAAGCUGGUAUUCACAGUAUUCACAAUUUUAAUUAUUAACUACCCGGUAAAUGCGGAUUCCAAUGAAGAAUUCAUAUUCCCACCGAAGUUCCAAACACCUGGGACAUUUGUAUCUGAGAGUUCUUUAUAUUUACCCCCCGAAUCACACACGCCUAUUCCAUAUUUUCCAAUCAAAAAAUUUGCCAAUCUACCUUUCCCAUAUUUACCUCCUACUAGCACAAAAUCACCAAUUCCAUUCCCAUCACCAUUUCCCAUUAUUUUAUCUACAAAUGGCGUGCAGCAUUAUAACGAUGAUGAAGAUUAUAAACAUCAUAAUGAAAGGGAAAACAAAACUCCUGUAUCCACUCCAAGACCACCUUUUGCGUACAAUAGGAACAACAGAACUGAAAAUAUUCAAGAACAACAAAUGGUUCACAAAAGAGACAUGAGACAGAUACAAAAACCCAUGCAAUACCAGCAACCAAUCGAUAGAGUUGAUGUACGAAUGCCACAUCAAUUUUCUUCAGAAUUUUCGACAGCAUCAUCUAUGAUUCAAAAACCAACAGCAAGGUCAAUGAUAAUAUCAUCCGAAACACAUAGAAAUGAUAAUAUAUUUGAUCAAUUAAAAUCGGGGUCAUCACAAGGUGGCCACUUCGUGGUACCUCCAGGAGGAUUUAUAUCUUCAACUACAGAACCAGCAAUACCGAUUCUUCGACUAUCUAACGAAAUGGAUUUAGAUGGCAGCUUUAGUUAUGAAGCAUUAGGAGCUGAUCAGACACAUUACGUACAACACAGUCACAUGGAAAAUCAGGGUACUGAAAAGGAAGAACAAGUUGUGGAAGGUUCAUAUUCUUACGUUGGAGAUAAUGGGCAAACAUACACAGUACAUUAUAUUGCUGAUUCUAACGGAUUUAGAGCUAGCGGAGAUCACUUGCCUGUAGCGCCACCUAUUCCAGAAAUUAUUCAAAGGGCCAUUCAGUAUAAUUUAGCUGAAGAAGCUAAAAAGCCUCCACAUUUGAAGUCGUGGCAAUCUGACGAACAAGAACGAGAGCACAACGACAUAUUCGAUAAACGGUUUGCUAUACCCCCACCACGCAAUUUAUUCACUGGAAGAACCCCGGAAGCAUUUUCAAAUGAUUUAUCUCAACGAUUGAACAUGCAAAAUAAUUUAGAAGCAGCAGCCAGCUCUCAAAUUCCUGUGAAAACAGUUGAUUUUGUCAAUAAACAACAAGGAAAUAUUAACACAGGAACCAUUGCACCACAAAUUACUUUCUUAGCAUCACAAGGUGCUCAUGUACCUUCUGCUAAUACUCAACAACAGACAGUAUCCAGAAUGUUUUCAAAUGAUAAGCCAUCAUUACCACAAAUAGUAAAUUACGAGGCUGAUGACAAUAACAAGGCUUUGUGGAGAUGGCAGUAUGGUUUAAAUUCAAAUAGUCAAACAAAUAACAAUCAAGCAUCUGAAAAAAAUAGCAUCUCCCGAUCGUCGGGCGAUGAUGUAGUGAUUAACUUUAACGAAAUGACACCAGAACAAUAUACAAAAAUGUUGCACAAUGAAAUCUCUUCAGGUUCCACAAAUAUCUUAGAUAACUCUGCUCGACAUUUUGAUAAUUCUCCAGUUCCAGUAAAUCAAAAUAGUUAUACUCAGGAAAAGAUUAAUCAAAAUGAGAAAAUAAAAUAUAAUCAAAAUAACAACUUACAUAUCAAUGCACCUUCGGUAAAUACAAUUAAAUCUCAAGAAUAUUCAGAAGAUUUUUAUAAAAACUAUAUUAAUAAUAAUUACGUCAAUAGCCCAAAUAUUCAGCAAACAUUUCAACAAGACAAUUUAGUUCGGAAUCCGGAAACAAAUUCAGUACAAGACCUUCAGUCUUUAUCGACUAGUCAACAAAACUAUAUUAACAAUAAUCAUUUCAAUGGCCAAAAUGUUCAACAAACACUUAAACAAGAUAAUUCGGUUCAUAAUCCUGCAAUAAAUUCAGUACAAGAUCCUCAGCCUACAUCGCCUAGUCAGCAAAUUCAUCAAGAAGAAAAAUCAAACAAUUAUAAUGAAAAUACUCCCAAUUUUGAAAAAACAUACACCUAUCAACAAACUACAAUACAUCCUAUAAGUCAAACCGAAAUGAAUCCAAUUAAAUUUGUAACUCAGAUAAACAAUUUCGAUGACUUAAUCAGCUAUGAACCUAGAAGGAUCAAAUCUCUUAAUCAAUACACUACUGUAAAAUCAAGUAUUACUAACAAAAAUUACGUGACAUACGAUGACUACAGUAAAAUGAAUACACCUGGGUACUCUACACAAAGUUUAUUGGAUAUUGAGAAAGGAUCAACAUUAUUAAUUACAGAAGCACCAACAACAACAGCAGGUUCAAUUAAAUUUGCAGAUUUCAUUAGCCUUGAUACGAAAGAUAACUUCAGACCAAUAAUCAAAUCAACAAAUGAACAAAAACAGAUUGACUCAUCAGAAACUUCUGAUUCAGACCUAACCAAUAAUAUAUUCUUAAAAAAUAUUUUAAAGCCUAAGGCUGAUGAACCGGAAGAAUUGAAUAAAGCUAAAGAAAAUAGCGAAAAGCAGAUGCAUAAAAAAGUUUUAACGGCAGAAACGAAAAGUGACAAAAUAGCCAAAUAUAUCAAUUUACAAAGUAAACCCUUCAAUGACAUAAAAAUAAAUAAAAAGAAACCUGUCGAUAUUUCUGAAAUAAUAAAUUAUAUUACUAUGAAGAAUCAUUUUGAAUCUAGUAAAGUAAGUAGACCAAAGAAUAAGCCACAAAGUUUUGAUAAUACCAAACAAAGAAAUGAAAUGCAUUACAUUGAUGACGAAGACCAUGACGCAUAUGAUAAAUAUAGUCAGGGUAAGUCAAAACAGAUUAAUAUUGCUGCACCGUAUGAAUAUCCUCAACUCGGCGAGUUGCGUGGGAAUAUAAAAAACUACAAAGUUUUGCAAAGGAACAACAAUUUAAGUAAUUUCAACAGCAAUCAACUGAAAAGAGAGUUAGUUCCUCCACCCGUGAAAACGCUGCAAACUCAAAAUUUACCUCCGUUAGGGCGAGCCGGUCCAUCAACAAAAAGUUAUUUACCGCCAAUUUAUAUAUAAAAUAUUACUGUGAUUAUCUAAACGUUUUGUAAAUAUUUUCAUGCAUUUACUAGUGUUAAGUUUAGUAAAUUAUUGAUUAUUA